AUGCAGAUGCUAGAUCUUGAAUACUUUAACAACAGUACCCCUCGUUUUUGGGAUUUCCUAUCUUACAAGGAACACGUCAUAGCUGGGGCAGUACGUCCACCUCGAAAUAAGAAAAUAAGAGCAAAGUAUGUAACAGCCAUCAAGGAUAUUGGAAAGCUUUCGUGUGUCAAUAGCGAAACAAAAGAUUACUUGGAAUCUUUAAUCAAACCUGAAGAACCAGAGAGUGAUAAAAAAGAAACUCAAGUAAUCAAUCAAUACAUCAACUAUGGAAGUGUUGGAAAGCAAGGCUCCAGUCAAUCUGACAAGAUUAGCAUAAAUAUUGAUAGCAAAAACAAAAAGAGAAAACAUGUAGACGAUGCCAAUCUUUCUGAAAAAACUGCAACAAGUAUCGGGACUCAAUCCUCAUUUACCACAGAUGAAACUACAUCAUAUAAGCCAAGCGAAUCGUCAAUCAACUAUGGUGAAGCACUCAAAACCAGCAAGUAUACCUUGACUUUAAAUGAACUAGGCAUGGCAUAA